GCGGCCCAGCCGGCGGCGCAGCAGCCCGAGGAGGGCGCGGGCGCGGGGCCCGGCGCGUGCAGCCUGCACCUGAGCGAGCGCGCCGACUGGCAGUACUCGCAGCGCGAGCUGGACGCCGUCGAGGUCUUCUUCUCGCGCACGGCCCGGGACAACCGGCUCGGCUGCAUGUUCGUGCGCUGCGCGCCCUCCAGCCGCUACACGCUGCUCUUCUCGCACGGCAACGCUGUGGACCUGGGCCAGAUGUGCAGUUUCUACAUCGGCCUCGGCUCGCGCAUCAACUGCAACAUCUUCUCCUACGACUACUCGGGCUACGGCGUCAGCUCGGGCAAGCCCUCCGAGAAGAACCUGUACGCCGACAUCGACGCCGCGUGGCAGGCGCUGCGCACCCGGUACGGCGUGAGUCCCGAGAACAUCAUUCUGUACGGCCAGAGCAUCGGAACCGUCCCCACGGUAGACCUGGCCUCGAGGUACGAGUGUGCGGCCGUCAUUCUCCACUCGCCUCUGAUGUCGGGCCUGCGUGUGGCGUUCCCGGACACCAGGAAAACGUAUUGCUUUGACGCUUUCCCCAGCAUUGACAAGAUCUCUAAGGUCACCUCGCCUGUGCUGGUCAUUCACGGUACAGAGGACGAGGUCAUCGAUUUCUCCCACGGCCUGGCCAUGUACGAGCGCUGUCCCCGCGCCGUGGAGCCGCUGUGGGUUGAAGGGGCUGGGCACAACGACAUAGAGCUUUACGCACAAUACCUAGAAAGACUAAAACAGUUCAUAUCCCACGAACUGCCGAAUUCCUGAAGGAGACACCGUGAUUUUACCUCACUUACUGUGAACACACGAGUCCUCUGUUUUGCACAUGCGCGAACUGGAAAGCGGUAUGGCGUGAUCACCGAGGGCAGGUACCCGCCUCUCGGUGUUCCGAUCAGAGACCCGAGCAAGUCCCCGUCUUCUCUCUCUCGAGGUCCUUCUACUCCUCACAGCACGCGACACCGAACGGUGGUGACACCCAGCAUCAUUGCCUAGCCAGAAUGGGGACGAGAGCUGGAUGCGGGCAUGGUCGGUGUGUCCCAUGCCGUGUAGACCAUGCCCGCAUGUGUUGCUUGGCCGUACCCGUGGGUGACGAUUCGUUCCCGCAGGACUCACCCCUCUCUCCACCCAUGUUCUCAGUACUUGACAUAAAGCUCUUUCUCAGCCUCUGGAUUCAUGGGUUGAUCCAUUUGUGAAGCCGUGAUCGUGUGACCGGAACACUAGGGUGGUGAAAAUUCCUUUGUUAAGUUUUGUCACCAUGCCAAUCUCCCCCAAACAAAUCCACGGAAGGGUAAUUUACUGGAACUAUCACGGACAGCUUCAUCACCUGGAACUGUACAAAUUCAACUGGAAUAUUCUUAAAAGGAAACUGGGGUUUUUUUAAGUGUAAAUUUAUUACUAGUCAACAGAGUUUUAAUAUUUUGAUUGUCUGGUUGGUCUAACAAAGAGCCUAGCCGACUUUCCUUCUGUAAAGUCCUCCUUGUAGGCUUUUUUAAAAGUACUGUACAUAUUUGCAAUCACAUUGUGCAUAGAUUCUUAAUGGAGACUUUUCUUUUGUCAGGCUACAGCACCCAACUGCAGGCCCCUUGUUGGUAAUGUAAAUGAUUGAAUACAUUUUGUUAAUAUGUUUUUAUUCCUAUGUUUUGCUAUUAAAAAAUUUUAUAACAUUUCCAAGACAAAAAAAAUUACAAGUUUAUGCUUUGAAGAAUUUAUGUAAUGAAAAUUUCACUAAACUAAUCUUUUUAGUUUAAGAGUUCUUUGGGUUUCGACACUGGAGUUGCGCCGAGGAAGCCCUGGAAAUGCCCGGUGCUUACCCAUCGCUACGCUACUCAUCUUGGGCGGGGUCUGGGGUCGGGGGGGGGCGGUUUCUUUGUUUUUCUUUCAGUUUUUCUUUUCAAAUUUAAAAGCCUUAAAUGUACUGUAAGCCUCGGAUUGUUGUAGAACUCGAUUGCGGUUGAUUGCCAGUUCCUGCACUGUGGCUUGGAUGCUGCAGGGCAGUCGGUCAUGGAAUAAAGGAUGCAUGGAUCAGAA